AUGGCAGCUGCAACAACGGGAAAUUCGAUCGCCUCACCUAUCCGCAUCGCUGUAAUCGUCAGCACAACCCGAAAGCCACGAGCUUGUCCACAAAUCGCCAAGUUCACCCUCGACACCAUAUCGACGCUUAGCCCAUCGACUGCUGCCAAGCCAUACGAGCUACACACCCUCGAUCUGCUGGACCACCCUCUCCCCUUCCACGAUGAGCCUGCCGUCCCUUCUCAAAUCGACGACCCAGCAAAGUACGUUCACGAACAUACCCGCGCCUGGUGCGCCGUGAUCUCUUCCUUCGAUGCCUUUGUCUUCGUCACCCCACAGUACAACUGGGGCUAUCCAGCUGUUCUAAAGAACGCGAUCGACUAUCUGUACAACGAGUGGAAGGGCAAGCCCGCAAUGGUGGUCUCAUACGGAGGUCACGGAGGAGGGAAGUCGAAUGCGCAAUUGAGAGAGGUUCUAGGCGGCGUGAGGAUGGAUGUUGUUGAGAAGGGUGUCGAGCUAGCUUUUGCUGGGCGACAGGGUACUGUGAUUGCGAGUCAAGGGCGGGAUAUGGGCUUGGACGGAAAGAGCGGGGAGGGACUCUGGUCGGAUAAGAGGGGCGAGAUCAGUGAGGCUUUUGAGCAAAUGUUGGGCAAGUGUGGCAAGAGUGGUGGGAAAUGA